CUUAAUAAACAUUGCCCAAAGUCUGCUGCGCAAGAAAAAGGAAACGUAUUGAAAUCACUGUACUUGAAAGAUAGUUUAGUUUUAGAAUGUGUAGUGUUGUCUCGUAACUUAAAUAAGUAAUUGUAAAUAUGGUUAACUUGUGCAAUUUGCUCGUGAAGUACAGUCACUUCAGUAAGGUAGAUGAUGAUGUGUUUGUGUACAUCGAUCGCAUAUUGGAAAACGCAUAUGAAAUACACAACAAACAACAUAAGGCGAAGAUCGAAAUUGAUUACCUCAAUAAGCAGCUUGAAGAAAAACGGCAUCGUACGGCCGAAAUCGCCGAAAGAAGUCCCUCCAAAGCGUUGGCUAAAAAACGAAAAGUCCGCUCCGUUGAUGCAUCGUAUUCGGAACUUAAGGAGAACAUUUCAGUGCUGGAAGACUCUCGCAUUAUUGCGUACAAAUCAGACCCAGAAACGUCUACUACUGCAGCGUCCAUUCUCGAACAGAAUAUAAUCGAUUCGGAAGAAUCCUUUUUCGCCCUCACACAAAGUCCUCCCAGAAAGGACUUGCCUGAAUGUUUAAAUACUUCAGCAUCCGAGCAGACAGCUCAGCAAGCAAUGAACACUUGCUCAACGAAUGUUUCGAAACCUUUGGGAAAUAUUCUUCGCGCAAGUCGUCUGAGUAAUGAGUUUCCAUCUCCUGACCCUGCGCUUAGAAUGGAACAAAAGUCUACAGGCUCUAGCACACCGAAGGGAGCGAGCGGAAAAUGGACGUCGAAAAAGCAAAAUGUAACAAAAGGAACCCCCAAAACGGAACAAACACCUGUUACGCUGAAGCGUUUCCAUUCCCUGCUCGAGGGGAAUCGGUUGCGUCAGACGAAACUGUAUUUUGCCGAUCCCGAGAAGCCGUCGGUUAAGAAAACGGUAGCGGAAUUGUCGACCAGCGAUGAGACACUGAUGAAUGAUUUUGUUAUUCCAACGCCGCCUUCUGCAUCAAACCGGUCAAAAUUUCUACGCAGUUUACGGAUGAAAAAACAGUCCACUUUGAUCGAAGGUGCUGCUGGCCAGGAUCGGCCUGUUCAAAGGAGUAAUACGAUGGUCAACGAAAGCAAGAUGAAAGGUGGCAAUCCCCAAACAGCCAAUGAUGACGAUUAUGAUAUUGAUCAGACAUUUUGCUCGGGUGCAGAAAUCAAAAAAGAGCCAAUGACUCAACCUAAAUCAGCAAAGUUGAAACAUCCGAUGGCCAAACGGGAAGAUAUUGCCAUUCAAAGCACCGAUAUCAACUACGUUGAUGAGGACAGCCCCGGUGUCGUUAUUGUGCCACCGAAGGAAGAAACAAUUAUUAGCAUUGCUGAAUCACAACCACCUGAGAAUGGAUUAUUUAUGGGUACAUUGCAUGAUGUGAGAGCAAAAUGGAAAGAUGCAGAUGCGUUCGGACAGUCGAUAAUAACGGCCAAAAUAAAACGCGAUAAAAAAGGAAUGUUACCAACGUUGGGAGCAACGGUUCAGCCGCAAUGUGCCACCUUCGGCCGAAUUCCGCAAGGUUUGUGUAGUGAGUGCUCUAAGCUUUAUCAUUUUCAUACUUCCUGCGGUGUUUCGGACGAUACGGCGCGUUCGAAGCUUCCGCGAGGGUGCCGUUCGUGUCGUUUGGCUCAGCUUCACAGUACGCCGCCCGGAUUUUGGGAUCCCGAUUUUCUUCCCACCCAGAAAUGAUUCGGGCCAUCCUUAGCCAUCGAUGUGCCAUUCGACUAUAUAUUGCACAUGUUAUCUAUUGUUAUGUUUAGUUGCGUUGAUAAAAUUCAAUUCAAUAUAUAAUUUCUGAAAAGAA